UCAGUGUUGCUUGCACUCUCCAGAGCACACGUAGCGGACACGAUGGCUCUGGCCGAGGCGUCCAAACGCGAUGACUCCCACUUCCCGGACAUCAUCGAGCUGAACGUCGGAGGUCAGGUGUACGUCACCCGGCUCCAAACUCUCGUGGCUGUGCCGGACUCGCUCCUAUGGCACAUGUUCAGCCGCAAGACCCCUAAGGAAUUGGCAAGGGACACUAAAGGGCGCUUCUUCCUGGAUCGAGACGGCUUCUUGUUCCGGUACGUCCUCGAUUACCUCCGCGAUCUGAACCUGGUCCUACCGGACUACUUCCCGGAGAGGAGCAGACUGCGGAGGGAGGCGGACUUCUUCCAGCUUCGGGAGCUUGCCAAGCGGCUGAGUCCGCAUGUCAGCAAGGAUAACUCCAUCACGGAGGAGAUCAGCCAAAGCGACACCGAAGAGAGCGCGCUACUAGGUGGACAGCCGUGCGCCACAGCCGCAGGCGCGGAGGUGGCUUUACGCGCGGGAGGAGUUAGCGGCAUUUCGGCUAUGCGCUCACCGUCUCUGGACUCCAGGAAGUCGGGCUACAUCACCAUAGGCUACCGGGGUUCGUACACCAUCGGCCGAGACACCCAAACCGAUGCCAAAUUCAGAAGAGUGGCGCGCAUCACCGUGUGUGGGAAGACCUCCCUGGCUAAGGAGGUGUUCGGAGACACCUUGAACGAGAGCCGAGACCCGGACCGUCCACCGGAGAGAUACACAUCCCGCUAUUACCUCAAGUAUAACUUCCUGGAGCAGGCCUUUGACAAGCUCACUGAGGUGGGCUUCCACAUGGUGGCCUGCAGCUCCACAGGCACCUGUGCCUACACCAGCAAUGACCCCAGCGAGGACAAAAUCUGGACAAGCUACACCGAAUAUGUCUUCUGUAGAGAACAGUAGCCAGGAGACCUUUAGGUGUAAAUAAGACCCUUUGAAACCGAGAACGGCUUUCCUUAUGCCCUUAUUGAUUACAGUAAUUAGAAGACCACCCACAGAAAUACAUUCGAAUGCGUGGUCGUAGACGACUACCAUGUAUCCCUGUGGGCAUCCUCCAUAUGUAUCAGUGUAAACUGUUAACUGUCUUUUGAUAUAUAUAUAUAUAUGAAAUAUUGCAAAAAUAACUAAGCCCCAUUUUCUGCAGCAUUCGCUUUUCAAUAUUUCUAACCACUCACUGUCAUUGUAUCAGAAUAACACAUGAACCCAAUACUGGGUACAUAAAUAACUGUACACACAAGUUCUAGUUUCUUUUCCUUAUGGAACUUAAAGGGUGCAAUGGUCACAGGGGUGUGUAAGGCCAUUGUGAUGUCAUGGCAGUGCAAUGCGAUAAAGUGGCAAUUUUGUGGGCUUAAAUAAACUUGUAUUAGCUUAUCAUGCUGCAUUUGGAGUUGUUGUUUUUUUUUUAAAGUGUGUGUGUAAGUUCCUCAGUCUUCUGUCUGUCUGUCCAUAUCCUUUCUCAGUGGAACACAAUGAUUUAUAUUAUCCUACGUCAACUUUAAAUGUCAACACACAAAUGUAUUUGCGUUGAUAUGAACAGCACGCUGACCUUCCCUCCAUUUUGUUAACACGUGCACAACACUAUCGCAUAUCAACCCCCGAUCUUUACAAAACAGCAGGCAAUCAAAAGAGGGGGUCACAAAGAACUGAAUCAGAACCAAGAUCUGCUUAUUAAAUGGUACAGAUGCUUUAAAAAAAUGCUACAUGACAUGCUAAUGGUGCAGCUGUGCACACAUGGCGUCAUUGUUAUUUGCAAUCAUCAAGGGUCCAGCUGCACUCAAAUAUGAGGCGUCCGGUCAACUGGGGAGAUGAGCACAACCAUUUUGGACCAUGAAACUCAUUCACAUGAAAAAAACU